AUGCUGGGCGGAGGUGAUGACUGUAAUAGUUUGGUAAAGCUGGAGUCUAAGGUUAACUCUAGCAAGGAUUUGCAAACGGUUUUGACAUACAAGAGUGUGGGGGGAGGUAAUCUAGACAGAAUUUCCACCAAGAUUCCGAAUGGAAGAUCCAACAGAGUUGUUGCUUGUUCACUCAUUUUUUUCCCACCUCUUUGGAUAAUGGAUUUCAGAAUGCAUCUCUUAGCUGUUUGCUUCCAACAGCCUUCAUCGCAGCAAGAGGGUACUCAUGAAAUUUGCCAUGAUCCAAAUUCUGACCUUGAUCUACAACCUUACUUUCCCAUUGGUUCAUUUUCACUAGUUGGAUCAGUUCAUGGUUUCGUUUGUUUUAAUUACUUUUCCAAUGGUGCUGAUGCUAUUUACAUCCUUAAUCCAAGAACCAGAGAAUAUACCAUGGUUCCAGAGGCUGAAGGGGUAAGAGGGUACCCGGAUUUAGUUAACUAUGGCUUUGGUUUCGAUCCUGUUAAAUUUGAGUACAAAGUUGUUAGAAUUUACCAAGAGGAGAUUUGUGAUAAAAUUAAUGGUUCUCGUUAUUACAAGUCUGAAUGUCAAGUCUACACAAUUGGCAAAGGAUAUUGGAGAAGUGCAGGACAUGUUAUGUUCUGUUUUGGGUGCAGGGCAUAUGGUGUGAACCUCUACGGAAAGAUUCAUUGGUUGGUUUAUGAUGUUAAUAGAAAUGAUUUAAUAUGUUCUUUAGAUUUGGGAAAUGAGUUGUUUAUAUCAUUCCCUUCAGCUCCGGGUCAUAGUGAAGAAAAUCAUCCGAAUUUGCGGAGUUUGGGAGUUUUUGGACGGUGUCUGUGUGUGUGUGACAAUAAUGCGGAUGACUAUAUUGAGGUAUGGGUAAUGAAAGAAUAUGGAGUAACUAGUUCAUGGGUUAAAGAGAUUGUCAUAAACAUAAUUCCUGAAUGCAAUGAUUGGGUUUGCAAUGAAAUGAUUUAUCUGCUGAAAGUUUUGGAUGAUGGAGUGGUGUUGUUCUUGUGGCGUGAAGAUUUCUUGUUCUUGCACCAUCCUGUGAAGAAAACAUUGAAAAUGUUUGAUGUAUUUGAAGGUUACUUCUUGGCAUCUAGCCAUGUAUCAAGCUCCUUCUCGCUCAAGACUUUUGAAGCGGAGGUUGUGAAUGUGUUUUAG